GCACGCCGCAAUGCGUUCUUCUUGCUCGCGCACUGUGUGCCUCUUCCUUGGUCUUGGCCUCUCCUUUCCCCCCACUCCUCCAUCGUAUUGCCCUCGUCUCCGCCCCCCCCCCCCUCCCAUCGCCUCGGCUCGCCAAGACGGCGUGUUCGUUUUAGCGCUGACCACAAGCGAGAAGGACGCUGAGAGGCAGCGAGAGAGAUACGCUCUCGCUGCGUCAUCGUUUACAAAGAAGACAAGCGGCUGCUGCUGCGGUGGAUGCCCAGCAUUGUUCUUCUCAGGUCUCACUGGGCUUGUUUAUUUUGGGGUGUGCGUGCGUGUGUUGUGGCUCUCCUGGGAGUUUUUUUUUCCGUGUUGUUGCCUCCCACCACCACCACCACACACACACACACACACACACCUGCAGCCGUGCUGAGUAGACCCUCUCGUGGCUCCCCCUCCCCCUCUCUCUCUCUCUCUCACAGACACACGCGCACACUAGCACUUCUCCCUCAUCGUCAACGCCUUAGGUGCCAUCUAUGCACCGGGUGUGGGCUUCUCCCCGCCCCUCCUUCCCUCUUUCCCUCUUCGCCACAUUACGUUUCUCGUCGUCUUCUCGUCGCCUCUCCUCUGUUAGCUGCCGAUUUCCUUCGCUGUUCGCCGGCUGCAUCACCGCAUAAACUUCGGUGCAGCCGACCCCCUCCCUCCUCGUCCUCCUCCUCCUCCUCCUCCUCACCUUCGCCCAUGGCCACAAACCGUCGCCGUCUCGCUACUGUCGACAGCGCUUGUGGCCAUGGGCGCCGGGUGGGGGAUGUCUGUGGUGUGGGCCCUUCCCCGCUCCUUCUUCUCCUUUGAGGUAGUCAAUCCCGCCUUUAGGAGCCCUCUCUCCCUCUCUCUUUAUCCACCAGCCGCCCCCUCCAUCAUCUGCUCGGUUGCGAGUCUCUCCUCUCGCUUUGUUUCCUUUCACCCCCACCCCCUGCGGCACACGCUUUGCUCUUGCCUGCUCGCGCUCUCUCUCGUUCAGUCCCUAAAGCCCAGCGCCGCUACACAGAGAGAGGGAGGGCAACAUAUGAUAAAAUCCUGUGCACGUGUUGCCCUGUCGCUCUCGUUGGCUACGUCCUGGCUGGUCUUGCCGGUGCGUACUUCCUCGUGCGCUUCCGCCGCCUGCACUGCGUGUGCUAUGGCGGCUUUCUCGUCUACCUCAUGAGUGCCGGGUCGAUGCGACAUCGCCGCGGCAAUGCAGAAGGCGGUGAAAGAUCAGCCUCCCUAUGUGGCGCCUCCUCGCAGUCGAGGCCGUGGGACGUGUGUAAGCGGCUUGGUCAGGUGGUGCUCGAUGCUUUCUUGAGCCCAUGGACGGAAACUCCACCAGUGCGGCAUCCACCAACGGCUAAGUCAACAAGAGCGCUUCUUUACUACCUCGGCAAGCCCCUGUUGCACGUCAUCGCCGCCACGGCGUUCUUCAGCCGCUUUGCCCUGUUGUGCCACGCACAAUGGCGCUACGCUGUGAUGUGCAUAGCGGCGCGGCAUUCCUCUCAUAAGUUGCGGCCUCUUUGUGGGGCCCAACACUCCUUCUCCGACAGCCCCUCCGCGGCGCCGCGCUGGUGUCGGACACGUGCGCACUCGUACAGGACUGGCGCACGCAAUUGUGCGGAAGUCUCCCAGGAUGAUCUCGCAGACAGCGGCACUGGCACGAGCAUCGCUAUCACCACCACCCCCGGUGCGGUGGAUUCGGGUGGAGACGGUCACCUCUGCCUCUCCUUUGUCCACUCCCUCAGCCGUGUGACGGCAGCGGCGGUGACGCUGCCGGGAAUGCAUGAGAAACUCAUCAGCAGUCGGCCACGCACGAUGGGUGGCUUUCGCGAGCCCUGGCAACGGUGGUGCCCAGCCUCGCUGCGACGCGCUGUAGCAGUGACACUGCUGAGGGCGAUGGCGCGUCGGUAAUGCAGCCAAACCUCACCACUUAGGAGAUGUCAAGCGUGUCCUUCACUGGAAGCCUCUCCUCCCUCGGCCCCUCGCCGGCGCGUGCACAGGUCGACGACGCGGAAGCGUUUGAGCGAUUUCGAGACUGCGUGCGGCGCAAGGGUGACAGCACGUAUGGACAACAGGUGGACGCCAAAGGGUGCAGUGCCUUGCACUAUGCAACCAUGCACGGCUUCAUGCACGAAGCGAUCUUUCUCAGCCGCAUUGGUGCUGAGCCCAACGUGCUGGGCAAGGCCGGCUACGCGCCACUGCACUACGCGGCGCUCUACGGCACCAAAGUCUGCCAGUCGGCGCACAUCACGGACGAGCCGCCGAGCGCAGCCGUGCAGGGGGCUCGGCACGCCUUUAGGUAUAUCCGUCGAUGAAACCACUGCUGUGAAGGCUGUCGCGCAGGCGAAGAAGUGUCGGCGACGGCGCCAGUGGUGUAGGAAACUGCAGCAGCAGUGCCUGCGGGGGCCAUCUCCUGUGGGCCCCUGCAGGCAGCAACAACGGGGCCGACGUCAGCACCGCGACAGGGCAGUGCGCUGAUGUGCACGGCGACAAAAGCUACGCCUGAGAAGACGCUUACCAUCUCACCGCUCUCAACCUUUACGCCGUCAAGGGGCUGACGGCGCUGCGCCUGGCCGUGAGGCCGGGAUCCAUUGGGCUCGUCAAUACUCUGUUGCGCGAAGGCGCGAGCCCUCUUCUGGGGUCGGUGGUAGAGACGCUGUCGAUUGCCACCAUGAGGAGCACAGCUUCAUGUAGCGAGAGUGAUGGGGUCGAUGUGAAAAGCGUCCGCAAGUCCGUUGUGCAGCGCAGCUCUGAAAGGACAAACCAACGGUGCAGCAGCAUCAAGUCCACAGCAGCAGCAGCAGCAGCAGCCACGAAGACGUUCGAAGUCGCAUCGUUGAGGCGCCCGUUGCAUCCCGAGAGCUGCACCGGCCGGCAGAAGGGGUAGAGCAACUUUGCCGCCUCUGUCAACAGCGCGCCGGUGCCUUCGUGUCGGCGGUGGCGAAGCUGCGCCACUCCAUCGCUGACGUCCAGACGGUCAUCGCUAACCUGGCGGCUGUGGACCAGGCCUGCGCACAGAUGAUCUUCGCUAGUGCCCGUCGCGCCCUGCAGCAGGGUGCUGCUGAUCGUAACUGAGCGCUUGCAGAAUUACCACCGCCACCACCACCACCACCGCGCAGCUCUCCAUGGAACUUAGCGGUGGUGGCUGCGGCUGUCCAGGACGAUGGACAAGCGUCGGGCGCAGAGGGGGAUGACGAGUCGGCAAGAAUCACCGCUGUCUUGGCCACCGUAGACGCGACAACGGUGUCGACGAACAACCUCAGCGGCAAAGAUAGCUCUUGCGGCGACAAGGGCGGCCUGCACACCUCUGCGGGCGUCAACGCCGCCAAGUGCGAGUCUCGCACCGGCAGCUCAUCUCCGUCCUGCCCUUUUGUGCGGACUCGUCAGCGGCGCUGUGCUACUAUAGCUCUCUUCACACCACCAUGGCCACCAUCGCCACAGCAAUGCACAGUCCCUACACAGCUGAGCCUGUCGAGCGCGCGCCGGCUUUCACAAGUUACGAGGAGAAACUUGGCUGUCGUGGCCAACACGGACAGCAGAGCACGCUGCGGCUGCUGUGCACACUCAGUGCAGAACUCAACGCUGUCGAUACGCACGGGCUGACUCCGCUGCUCUGCGCCUACGAGGCCACGCUCCUCUUUGCCUCGGAGCAGACGGAGGCGCAGUUGGUGGGGCACUCUGCAGAGGUGAUCGCAGCCGCGGUCGUGGUAGAGCACCACACUGGCGGUGGCAACGUGGUGACCUCAGUUACAGCCGGCACCGAGCCUGCCUGCAAGCCAGGAGAGGUUACUGAAGGUCACUGCAACCACAGAUUCCAUGUCAUCGGGGUCGUCAUUGCCGACCGCGUGGACCUCUCCACACGCGCAGUUGUCGGCCCCGACCAUCGCUGUGACCACAAACGCCGUCUCCUCCUUGGGCGAGCGCUACUACACGCAGCAAACACCGUCAACGCAGGAGGUGCUGCGGCAGGCCGCCAAGUCGAGCAGUGCGGAGUACCUGCUUUCUCUCCACGCUGUGUCUGA